UGUAGAUCAGAACUGCAGAUUCUUGCUGUUGGUCAUUUCCCAUUUUCUGUGGAUAUUUUGGCUUAAGGAUAUAUAUCUAUUCUUUGUUGGAGGAGAGAAAAUUCCUGUUUUUCUGUUAAGAGUUUUCAUAUACGACACUUGUCAACAUGGGCACAAAUCCUGCUGGGGUCACAGACCCAAGUGUAAUCAGUAAAGAAGUCUAACAUGUCACAGAGGUCAGACACUAGACUGAUCAGUUCAUCUCUGAAGGGAGUUGCUACAGACAUAAGCCAUCAUCUAAUGGAGAGCUUAGAUACAAGUGAGCUCCAUUAUGACGUGGAGGAGGAAGUGGAUGCAGACUUCGAUCCCAAAGCACCGGUGGAUACUAGGGUCCCUUUCCGUUACAUUUAUGAAACCAAAGGAUUCAAAGAUAAUGAUGCACGUGUAUUAAUUCCUAAUGUUCCGAUUAAGUUCCGUGUGAUGGAUGUAGAGCGCUUUAAAUCAUCAUCCAAGGUUGCAAGUCCAAACUUAUACACCAUCGAGAUAACACAUGGACCAUUCACAUGGAAAGUAAAACGAAAGCACAAGCACUUUCAGGAUCUACACAGAGAACUUGUAACAUACAAGACAUUGAUGCGGAUUCCAAUACCAACAAGAAGUCACACGAUUAGAAGGAAGACUAUUAAAAGAGAAGAGGCCAGGCAGAUGCCUAAUUUACCCCGCAGUUCUGAAACUACUGAAAGAGAGGACCGUUUCUCCAGUCGAAGGAAACAGCUGGAAGACUAUUUAACAAAGCUGUUGAAAAUGCCAUUGUACAGAAAUUAUCACGCAACAUUGGAAUUCCUUGAAGUCAGUCAGAUGUCUUUCAUCCAUGACCUUGGACCAAAGGGCUUGGAAGGAUUGGUGAUGAAACGUUCUGGAGGACACAGAAUUCCAGGUCUAAACUGUUGUGGCCAAGGGAAAGUCUGCUAUCGAUGGUCAAAAAGGUGGUUGGUAGUGAAAGAUUCCUUUAUAAUGUACAUGAAACAAGACAGUGGUGCAGUUUCAUUCGUGCUGCUUGUUGAUAAGGAGUUUGCCAUCAAGAUGGGCAAAGAAGCAGAAGUAAAGUAUGGAGUUCGUAUUGACACACUCACCCGGACACUUAUUUUUAAGUGUGCCAGCUACAGACAUGCCCUCUGGUGGGGUCAGUCAAUUCAGGAGUUUGUGAAGAAGCAUGGCAAGAACUUUCUAAAAGACCACAGAUAUGGAUCCUAUGCAGCCGUACAGGAGAACACCUUGGCAAAAUGGUAUGUGGAUGCCAAAGGAUAUUUUGAAGAUGUGGCAGAUGCAAUGGAAGAUGCAAAAGAUGAAAUUUUCAUCACUGACUGGUGGCUGAGUCCAGAAAUCUUCUUGAAGAGGCCAGUAGUUGAAGGGAAUCGGUGGAGAUUAGACUGUCUUCUGAGACGAAAAGCUCAACAAGGAGUGAAAAUUUUUGUGAUGCUCUAUAAAGAAGUGGAAUUAGCGCUUGGAAUCAACAGUGAGUACAGCAAGAGAACACUAAUGCGUCUGCAUAGUAACAUCAAGGUGAUCCGACAUCCCGAUCAUGUGUCAUCAACAGUCUAUCUCUGGGCGCAUCACGAAAAGCUUGUUGUCAUUGAUCAGUCUGUGGCAUUUAUUGGUGGGAUUGACUUUGCAUAUGGAAGAUGGGAUGAUAAUGAACACAGACUGACAGAUAUUGGCAGUGUCCAACGGACAGUAUCCUCUCCAGUUAUUAGCUCGAAUGAACUACCAAAUCUCAAGGAUUCUUCAGAAGACAUUCCAGCAGAUGGCAGUUCUGAAGAGGAAGAUGAUCAGAAUGAAAGCUGUGAUCUACCAGAUCCGAGGAGUCCUGGGGAGGAUACUGUUGAUUUAUCUAAAAUGAAAGGCAUAGGAAAAAGCAAAAAAUUUCUUAGACUGAGUCGUUACAAACAUCUCUAUAGACCACAUUUACACAAUGCAGACAGCGUGAGCAGUAUCGACAGUGAAGACGCAAGCUGGUAUGAUACUUACAGCAGCCAGAAAAAUUUAGUCCACAGUUUAAAACCUCAUUUGAAGUUAUUCCAUCAUGAGACUGGGUCUAAGAUCACUCGGUUGAAGGCUGAAAGAGGCUCCGUUCGAAGCUUAGUAACAGAUGUUGGAGAGCUUAUUGGAGACACCAAGUUCUGGCAUGGAAAAGACUAUUGUAAUUUUAUUUUGAAAGAUUGGAUUCAGCUUGAUAAACCAUUUGCUGAUUUUAUUGACAGGUACAAGACACCACGAAUGCCAUGGCACGAUAUAGGGGCUGUUGUGCAUGGAAGGGCAGCACGUGAUAUUGCACGGCACUUCAUUCAGCGUUGGAAUUUCACAAAGAUUGUGAAGCCAAAAUAUAGAUCACUGUCAUACCCAUUCCUGCUGCCGAAAUCACACACGACAGCAAACGAAUUGAAGUACAGAGUACCAGACUCCGUGCAAACUACAGUGCAGGUACUGAGGUCUGCAGCUGAUUGGUCGACUGGUAUAAAACACCAUGAAGAAUCGAUCCAUAAUGCCUAUGUUGAUGUGAUAGCGAAGAGUCAGCACUAUAUCUUCAUAGAGAACCAGUUCUUCAUCAGCUGUGCUGACAACAGAGCUGUCCAUAACAAGAUCGGUGAUGCAAUUGCACAGAGGAUAUUAACUGCUUACAGGGAAGGCAAGAAAUACCGUGUGUAUGUGUUAAUACCACUAUUACCUGGCUUUGAAGGCGAUAUUUCAACAGGAGGAGGAAAUGCUAUCCAGGCAAUAAUGUACUUUAAUUACAGGACAAUGUGCAGAGGGGAUGCAUCCAUUAUUGGGCAGCUGAGACCAGAAAUGGGUGAGCAGUGGAUAAAUUACAUCACGUUUGGUGGACUUCGCACUCAUGCAGAGCUCAAUAACAAACUUGUUACUGAACUGAUCUACAUUCAUAGCAAAAUGCUGAUAGCAGAUGACAAUACGGUCAUCAUUGGUGAUGCCAAUGUACGGAAUGGCAGCAAGCUGGGUAAAAAGGAUACCCAGGCAGUUACAAUAGUAAAAGAUACCCAGACAGAUCCAUCAGUUUUAGAUAGAGGGGAGAGUAUAGAGAUAGGGCGGUACACUCGGGGUCUUCACUUAAGAUGUUUCAGGAUGGUACUUGGUGGGCUUUCAGAUCCGAGCAUUGAUGUUCAAGACCCAAUAAGUGACCGCUUCUUUAAGGAAGUAUGGAUAGCCACAGCAGCACGUAAUGCAACAAUAUAUGAAAAGGUUUUCAGAUGCCUUCCCUCAGACCACGUGCGCACCUAUGCAGAACUCCGAGAAUAUGUUGCGAAACCUGGGUUGGAAAGUGAAGACAAAGCCAGAGCAGUUGAAGAACUGAAGAAGAUCCGGGGUUUUCUUGUGCAGUUCCCAUUUUAUUUUCUUGCUUCAGAAAACUUGCUUCCUUCUGCAGCAACCAAAGAAGGCAUGGUACCAACUGAAGUGUGGACGUAACAAUCCUAUUAUCUGAACUUUGUAGGUCUGAUUACAUAUAGUGUGCAUAUACUUUCUGUUGUAAGAACGGUUUAAUUUGCUAGUAAAAUGUAUCUGUUAGCAGGCGAUAGUACAGCCUGUCCAAAGUGAAGUUGAAUUUCAUGGAUAGCACAUGCAAAUCAAGAUGAGGGUAGACAUCAAUUUUUAAUGUUUUUAAAAUUUGCUAUAAUCUGGCACAGAUGACGGCAGUGAUCUGUUCUACAGCAGGAUGAAAAAAGUCACAGCUUUAGAAGAACUAUUUGUGCUAGACAAAAAAGCUUGUGUUACCUUGCGUAUGUUCUAAUACAUCAAGCAGAGCAAGGCCUGCAGGCUGAGUUUUACGUUUGAACUGAAGCUGUUGAAGUAUCUUUUGCAGCAGGCAUGGUUUUCUCUACUUACAGACCCAUCCCAAUAUGUGAUUCUUUUCUGCUCUCAGUUUAGCUGUCUCUUGCACUGUUUCCUAUUUUUAUGCUCUUAGUUUGUCCCAUACCAAUUUGUAAUCCAUCUGACAGACUUCUAAACUGAAUCCUUAUAUAGGCUUGAAUAGAUGGCUGAUAAGUGUAGAACUGUGCAACAUCUCCAAGGAUUGCUAAGGCAGCAAGGCCUUUUCAAUUAUUUUUGUCAUGUCUGUUACCUGCACCUGACCUCUGCUUUCUUACAGUGUGCAUACCUUUUGUAGGUGGGCCUCCGAUGAGCCUAACUAGUCUAGAAGUCAGAAUCUGUCACAGGCCAGGUGACUGUUAGAUCAUUUUAGAAGCUUGUAUUGAUCCCUCUUUACAUCUGUGGUCUAAAAGGAUAUUAAUUCAAAUGUUACAAAAGCAAAUCCACCAGAAUAACAACAAUUAAUAUUAUCUAAUUGUACUAACGUCUCUUGUUUUGCUGAAGAAAAUGUGGUCAAGGCAGUGUAGAGAGCAUUAUAAUAAACCAACAAACUUUAAAAGCACUCUGUUCAAAACUAAAUGAAUGCUGGGCCCUUUGAUAAAUGCUUUUAAGUAUUUAUGAUCAUUUUAAAUAUUUUAUUCUUUUGAUUGUACUAUAUAUUAUAAGAAAUAUUUUAAUGUAAAAUAGUAUUUAUUCUUAUGAUGCAAUAAAAGUAACACUAGAGUAGAUGUGUAUUUAAAUUUUAAAAAAUCCCGCUGCAAUGUAGGUUAGAAUUGUGUGUAUGUGCGAUUGAUUUAAAAAAAGUGUAAGGAGUUCUGGCAUUUGAAGACAUCAUGGUCCUGUGGUUAUUUUUACAUUUAUCAGGCCACUCUAGUAUGGAAUGAUGCUUUCAGGAAAAUGCGUUGUGCUAGUAAAAAUGAUUUGGGAUAGAAAGUCUGAGUUAUGAUAUGGUUGUUCUUGGAAAUAAGAACCUCUCCAGUGCAAAUAAAUGACAAAAUUAAUGUUUUGCUGUAUUUUCUCAGAGUCAAUUAGCACUGGAGUAUUUUAAGCCUUUUUCUUGGAGUCAUUCAGCGUUUAAGUCCAAGCAUUUUGUAUCUGUCAGUUAGCCUUUUGGUUUUGUUCACAGAAGAAAAGAAAAUAGCAAAUGCAUACUAUCUUUGAUUAAAAGUUUCAUCUGUGUAGUGACACACAUGCAAAUGUGUAAGGUUAAUCGCCAUUCAUGGUUGACAAAAGCUUAGCAUUUAUAAAUGAAGCCUAAUUUGGUAGGUUAUUUUUGGUGAUUUUUUUUUUUUUUAUUCUAGUUAUGUGUUCUAAAGAGGAAGUUUAAAGGGGUCUACUUUAUUUACGCGAAAGCUUAAAACAGCGAAUGCAUAUGCAUCGAAAGUGCAAACUGUCGAAAACUGUAAACGGAAAUCUCCGUAGGUGGAGAUUUCCAUUUACUUCAGUGUAGUGCGAUCUCAGAGUUGGUAUAUUUAAGUAGCGGGGGGGGGGGGGCUGUUACAUGUCAUGUUUGUUGUGUAGCUCUGUUUUUAUUGUGUUUCGAUGCUUUCUCGGUUAGAUGCAUAUGCAUUCGCUGUUUUAAGCUUCCACAUAAAUAAAGUAGACCCGUUUAAAGUACUGUCGUAAAUGAAAAUUCAUUAUGUAUAUGGAAAGCAAACCUUCACUGCUUUGACAUGUGUAUCCAAUUACAUGUAAUUGUCAAUGCUUAAAAAGGUAUUGCCUUUCUCUGUAUUCUGAUCUUCUGUCUGAACAAUAUGCAGCUAUGCCACUUAGCUUAUCACUGUAUCAAAUAUUUCUCUGCAGCUCCUUAGAAAUGUAAGAAUAUAUAUUGCACACUAUAUUGUAUCAGACACUGUCAAGACACUAUCAUUCCUUGUGUAAAAUAUGUUGUCAUUGCUGCUGUUAAUGUUGUUAGUGAAACUAGCUACAUCACUUUAGUGGAAGAAAAGCAAAAUUUUUACACACAGUAAUGUAAAAUUGACACACAUUUUUUUUUUCCAGGUAGUGAACUAUAUAAUGUUUACUGUUCUAGUUAUUGAACUUUCCACUGGUAGUAUGCUCAAAAUUUUAAAUGUGAUACAUUUCAUAAUGAAGUUAUGUCCAGAGAAGUCUUUCUCCUACAGCUUUUAGUAAGAAUUUACAAAUCAUCUUUACAUCUUUUUCACUUUCCUUCCCAGGCCAGCCUUUGCUAUGUUAGGGACAGUGUCAGCAUGACUUUCAUCCCAUUAACCGGUGAUGGGAAGCAUUCCCUCAAAAGUUGGUGCACUGAUAACCAUCUAGAGUACCUUUUAUUCAUUUAUUAUUUUAUUUUUUUAAGUUUUGCCUUCCUCAUUUCCACCAGCUUGCAUGUGCACACUGAUGUAUACAAGUAAAUACACAAGUUUAACAUGAUCUCUUUAUUGAAGGCAUGCAUUAUGUGGUUGCAAUGAAUCGCUAAAACUUGAUAAUAGAGGUAACCAGUUCUGUAUUCAUUACUACAUCUAUCACAGUAGAGGCUUUAUUUGUUAGCUAUAUACAGGUUUUACAUCCCAUGUUCUGGCUAUUUUUUUUUGUAAAGCCAGGAGUACAGUAUGAAAUUUCAAACAAGACUUGCAAGCGAUUCCGCUUCCAGACUUCCACUGAGUGAGCUUUGUUUUGGCUUUGAGUCUGGAUACCUUCUGUUUUUUAUUCAGAUUCCUCUGCAACAUGUACACGUGUAUGAAUACUGUAGGAAGGUUUGAAAAGCACUUCUGUAUUUGCUGAAGAAAUUGAGUUGGUCAUUUCUCCAGUGCUUAAAUCAGGAUGCUUAGGUAUUCCAAGUACGGUAUUCCUGCUCAUGUCUUCAGCGUUCUUUAUUGCAGCAGCUACAGUAGAACAGAUAGCCCCACUUAGAAGCUGUGGGUUUGAAAUCCAUUUGGGAAUUUUGUGCAUAGGUUCUCUGCAAAGUACGUGAACAGUAUUUUGGAUAAACUGCAAGUACUGGCCUGAAACAGAAAAAAAUAGUCUAGCAAGUAAACCCUCACUGACCCGUGUAUGGCAUGUUAACACAGAUAUUUGUUUUGCUGUUUAGCAUCUCUAGAUUCCAUGGUUUAAUCUUGGCUAAUGUCUACUGUAUUUGUGGAGUCUUUAUUUUCUUCUCAUGUCCAUGUGGUUUUUUUCUGUCUCCUGAAGACCUGCAAUUUUUGCUUCCAGUUGUUAAAAAUGUUGUCCACAUAUACUGCAUUUGCUUUUUUGGCUUUGUCCAUGGCUGGAAAUAAGCCAUGAAGAACUGCUCAUUUGCAUGCUUACAAAAUACUGAGCAAAUACAUGCAGGCAAGACCUUUUAAGGACUGCAUUGACUCUGCUGCAAUAUUUUUUCUUGACUACAGCACCUUGCUGUAUACAGUUGAAAAGGUAGAUGUAACUAGAAGACUUUCCCCUUAUUUUAACACUGACAUGAGAAUGCAGUCUUUAAAGAAAAGUAAGUUAAGGUGUAUCCCUGCUGCUUACUUAUAGUUUCUAAAAGUACUUACUUCAUCUCAGCAGGUAACUAAAAAAUUUACUUUUACUCCGCGUGUUUUCAGUCAUACCCAUAAGGCCUAAAUAGCUAAAGACUGAUUUGUUAAAAAUCAUGGUAUUAUGCAUUUAGGGCCCCUGGCGUAUGUAUGAGUACAGUUACCACGUUUAUAGGUUCAUAGGUUAGUACUAAGCUAACUGCCCUUGUGAGCCAUUUUAAGCCUAGCCAAUUAUCCCUUGUGAGAUUCAAACCCUGCACCUUGUGUUUGUAAGGCAAACACCUUCACCAUUAGGCCACCCUCCCAAAGAAUCUUGUGUCAAGGCGUCAACAAUAAAAGUAUGGAUUACAUUUUCAACCUUUCAUUUAUUUCUUGAUAUAAAAAUGUCCAUCUGUCAUUGGUAGCACCUAGUUGCAACCAUACAACAGCAGGAUUUGGAGAUCAUGUUUUAAAAUUGUUUUGAGCUGACAUUAUUCUUUGUAUUACUAUUCCACUGCAGAAUCUUGGAUAUCUAAAUACAAUGUUUACACUCAUUUGUUUUUAUGCUGGCAGACUGCAAGUAUUUUCUUUCCAUUUUGUAGCUGUUUGCUCAUUCUAAAAUCAGAUUUUAGCUGAUGUUUACAGAUGGGCCUGCCAAGGUACAUGUUUUUUUUUAUUUUGCAUCUGUAAACUGAUUUUGAUAUGUAUACAUUGCUUAAAAUAUCACACAGGAGUUUCAGAUGUAAAACAAAGCAAUUCUAAGCAUCAUGCAUAAAUUUCUAGAUAAUUUGUAGUGUAGUUUAGUGAAAAUGAGGACAGGCAAAAAUGUAUCUUUUUUUGUCUUUCACAUAAUGAAGUUACUUGGCUUUUUUUAUGUGUUUGCAUCUCCAUAGAAUCCUGCCAAUUCAUCCUUCAGAGAGGUAGCCUGGAAUCUCUUGACUUGACAACAGCCCUAUCACUUCUUCCCAGGUAACCGGAUUGGUCCACCUUUUCCACUGCAUCAACAGUCUGGUAGUAGGGAACUGGCCAACUUGUUGGUCCUGUUUAAUGGCCUGCCAAUCCCUUAGUGCAGCUCCCCCUCCAUUACAGUGGCUCUCAUGGCUCCAGCAUGUGCUGUCUCCUUCAGGAAGCAUGUUUCUGCAUGCUGAUGUCACCAGCUUAUGUAGUUGUACAGUGGCAGCAUCUGUUUGACAGGUACAAUCUCCAUGGGAUGCAACACACAAUCUCAUUAGGUCAUACCCAGGAGACAAGCCAGAGCCAUUUCCCUUCUCCGAUAAUCACAAGCCCAUUGCUUCCAACAGCUAUCUCACUAAUUAACAGUGUCUUCUGGUUCUUAGUUUAAGUUUUACUCUACACCGUAUAGCCAGGCUGCUUGGGCCUUUUCAUCUUCCAAAUGCUUUCUUUUUUAAGCCAUCUUCAUAAUUGUCCUUCAGUGUGAUUUUUACAUUUCCUGCAUUUAUUUGUGACUUAUUAAUGCAUGGUAAGAAGUUAGGAAUCCUGUGUUUUAGAACAUGUUUAUAAUUUUGUGUAGAAUAAAUCCCUAGUGUUCUUAGAAAAAUUAUGGAACUGAUUUUAGGGGAAAUAUUUGUUCUUUAGUAAACAUUAAAGACUUCCUUCUGUGAAGGAUUUUAGUCCAGAUGUUAAUUAAUAUGAAUGAUACUGUUUUUUUGUGAUUGAUUUGCAGGCAUUGUAUAAUAUAAAUAAUGUUCUACAGUAUUUAGUAAAAGUAUUUGCAGAUUUCAGUGUACGUUACUUAUUGAUUAAAAACAUCUACUUGCCUUCUGAUUCAUUUUUGCAGAUAAAAAAAAUGCUACAGAACAAUUUUUGAAGUUUCAGGUAUAUAUGGCAUACUUUCAGGUAUGGCCUGCAAACCCAGAGUCUUUCUCAUUUCUGACUUUAACUUUCAUCAGUGCCUUUUGAAAUUCAUGAUAUGCUGGUAAAUGGCUACCAGCACCAAGUGUGUACUUAACUGCUAACAUGGCAGUGAUGAAAACUAAGUGAAACAAAGUAUGUUUUGUGUCAUCGUAUUGCACAUCCAGUGCACUGUCUCGCAAUCAGUCCAUCACCUUGUCACCUUCAUUGUGUUGACUAUCUCUUGUAUGAAGUUGUGUACUCUGCUGUCGCUUUAGUGUUACAUGGCUAUUAAGAGUGUUUAUGUGCAUUUAAAACAGCCAGACACUUCAUGGUUCUCCAUUUAUUUUUCUAGCCUCUCUUAAACGUUUUACAUUUUUUGGUGUAUCCCCCGGGGUGGUUCAUGCUGUAAAAUAGUUUUGGUCAUAAUUUUUAAUAAAUGUCCUUGAUAGACUAUACCAGUAUAAAAACUGGAAUAAUUCAUAAUAAUAUGUAAGAACAAUCUUUCCAUGAAGGGAAGUCACACACAUUUAAGAUGCAGUCAGGUCUUUAUUUAAAUAUACUUUGCUUUCUAAUUGCCUGCGAGGAUACACUUACUGUAUUAGUUUUAGUUACUCUCACAUACAUCAGUAAGUAACAUUAAGUAGCACUGAGUCAAAUGCAUCAUUAGCUGAGACAAUUAUAAUUUUAGUUUUCCAAUUCAUGUAGUAUAUUCAAGAGGUACAUUUUGUUCAGUAGCCAAAUUUUAUCAUGUCUGCCUUAUCACAUAUAUGCUGAAACAGAGGCAGUCAUUGGAGUAUUGAAGUCUGUUCAAUUCCAUCUGUUUAUCAUAAAAUUAGGAUUGCAUUAUGAUUAUUUUAUCAUUUACAUCAUACUAAAAUGGAUCUGUAGCACUGUUUUUUUUACAUUGUUUCAUUGAGAUGAACAUUCCUGUAUGAAUACUGAGGUAUUUAUAGAUGUUUUGUAAUUGUAACAUAUGAAUCAUACCAACACUGUGACUAAAACUUGACCAUGCUGGACAUAAUAAAUCACUCUAAUGAAUAAAAUAUACUAUUGCAUAAUUAUUGUAUAAUGCACCA